AUGUGUAACAUUUUCUUCACUACAUGUGAUAACGAUUUUGCUAGGGACAACAAGCUUUUACAGCGUAUUAGCAAUAGAGGGCCUGACUGUAUUCAUUCAAUUUCCUAUAAGAUAAGUGAUACAUUAUCAUUAACUUUUUGUGGUGCCGUUCUUUGGACCCAGGGAUCCAAACCUACAGUACAGCCAGUGGAAAAUGAUAAAGCUAUACUUCUUUUUAAUGGUGAUGUAUACAAUCACCAUUGGGAUAAAAAUAUCAGUGAUACUCAAACUUUAAUGAGAAAGUUCAAUGAUUGUAACUCUAGUCAGGAUGUAAUUAAUGUAAUUCAUUCACUCAAAGGACCAUUUUCUAUUAUAUAUUUUGAGAAGACAUUAAAAAUACUAUAUUUUACAAGGGAUAGGCUUGGCAGAGUAAGCUUGCUGCUGCACAGAUCGAAAAAGAGCAUAACAAUCAGCAGUGUACUGGGGAGGAAGUAUCCAUGUAUUGAGAUACCUGCAUUCAACAUUUACAAGUUAGAUAUAGAAAAUGGAAUAAUUUCACAAUUUUCAUGGGAUUGUCAAUCAUUUGAAAGCUACAAUCUUGAUGACUGGAUACAAAUGAUACAAAAUCAACAAGAUUUACCUGAUGAAGAAAAUAUUUUUUCUGUUGAAGACACAUUCGAUUUAAGAGAUGAUGUACAUAUAGUAGAUUACAUUAAUGAAGUAUCAGGAGCUAAGAAAUGUAAACAGGUAAUAUUAAAAACACUCUUGUCUCAUGAAACCAUUGGGAAAGUAGUGGAGACUUUAUUACAUCUUCUUGAAAAAAGUAUUAAAACUCGCAUAGAAACCCAACCAAAUAAAUGCAAAGAUUGUUUGAGUAAAAAGGGUGAAUGCAAGCAUUGCGCUGUCGGCAUUUUAUUCUCUGGAGGUAUAGACUGUACAAUCUUAGCACGUUUAGCAGAUAAAUAUGUGCCGAUAAGCCAACCUAUUGAUUUAAUUAAUGUUGCUUUCAAAACUGAAAGUGUAUCUUACGAAGUACCUGACAGAAUUACUGGCAGGCAGUCGUACAAUGAGCUAAGGAGUGUUUGUCCUUCCAGACAGUGGGUAUUCCGUGAAGUUAAUGUGGACAAGAAAGAUUUAGAAUUGUGUCAAUCUGCAAUAAUAGCUGAUCUUGUUUAUCCUCGAAGAACUAUAUUGGAUGAAAGCUUAGGAUCAGCUCUGUGGUAUGCAGCAGGAGCACAACACAGUAAUGAUGUGUCACCAUGCAGAAUACUUUUACUUGGAUCUGGAGCAGAUGAAUUAUUUGGCGGAUACAGUAGACAUAGAAAUGCUUUUAAACGUAAAGGAUGGCCUGGCUUAGCUGCAGAAUUGACGUUAGAUUGGAACCGUAUAUCGUAUAGAAAUCUAGCUAGGGACAAUAGAGUAAUUUGUGACCAUGGUAGAAUACCAAGAUUACCAUAUUUAGAUGAAGAGUUUUCUACCUAUGUCCUAAAUCUGAAACCUUGGCUUAAGUGUUUUCCUACUGAAAAUUUAGGAAUAGGAGUUGGUGAUAAGUUGAUGUUAAGACUGUUAGCAAUGCAUCUUGGAUUGACAGACGUAGCAUUAUUGCCUAAACGUGCUCUUCAAUUUGGAAGCAGGAUAGCAAAUAAGAAGGAAAAAGGAAAAGAUAUUUCAAAACACAUGCAAUAA